AUGGCAUUUUUAGAAUGGCGUCGAUUUACUUUCUUUGAUGUUCAUAAAAAUGUAGAUGGGGGGAAAAUUGCUGAAUGUCUGCAGGACACUACAGUCGCUGCAACAACAAGUGGCCACAAUCAUAUAGUUGUGUGCGAUGUGACAGGCUUGGCACAUGUCAUAUCCCGCUCUUGGGAGAUCCUGUCCUUCAAGGCAUAUGAGUUGACCAUUACACUUGCACAACAGCUGCCACAUGAUCCAUUCUUAGUUACUAUUGGGGAAGAUGAGCCGGGUAUGAAUCCAUUAAUUAAAGUAUGGGACUGGUCACGUAAUGAUAGACAUCCAAGUUGCUCGUAUCUCUCCCGUGCAGUGCCAUCUCAUAUGCGUCCAACUCUGGCAACAGCUCUUGCAGUUCACAAUAAGAAUCUCCUAGCGGUCGGUUUUCAAGAUGGCUCCGUGUCAUUAUUCCGUGGUGACAUUGCCAGACAGCGCAGUGUCAAGAUGAAAACAUUGCCAGACUCUGGAACAAGCCCUAUUACUGGACUUGCUUUUAAGGGCGCGGACAAGUUGUUCGUGGUGAGCCGGUCAUGCGUGAUGGUGUACUGGCUGGCGGCGGAGCGCUGCGUGACGCUGGACGCCAUGGGCGCCGCGCCCGCCUGCAGCGUGCUGGCCGACAGGCACAGCUUCACCGUCGCCGCCACAGACGCAAUAUAUUGUUAUACCACAGAGGGCAGGGGCCCCUGUUAUGCACUAGCUGGUGAAAAAGUGCGCAUAAACUGGUUCCGUAACUAUCUAGUUAUUGUCACCAACGAGUCUCCGACAAAAUCCACAGCAUCCACCAACAACGCACCUGUUCCCAAAUCACACAACCUAACUAUAUUAGACAUUCAAAACAAGUCCAUUGUAUUUGCGAAAACAUUCGAAGAAAUUGAUGCGGUUUUAACCGAGUGGGGAUCGUUCUAUGUUCUCACGAAGAAUAAAGAGAUGAUAUAUCUAGAAGAAAAAGAUCUCCAGUCGAAACUGUCGCUGCUAUUCAAAAAGAACCUUUACGACGUCGCGAUAAGGAUAGCAAGCAGUCAGCACUACGAUGUUGAAGGAUUGACUGAGAUUUAUAAACAAUACGGUGAUCACUUAUACAGCAAGGGUGACCUUAAAAGUGCAAUAGACCAAUACGUCAAAACUAUUGGCUGGUUAGAAACAUCAUAUGUGAUACGAAAGUACCUUGAAUCCAGACAUCUGGAGUCCUUAGUGCAAUAUUUAGAGGAGCUUCAUAAAAAGGGGUUUGCUACCGAAGACCAUACGACUUUAUUGCUUACAUGCUAUGUGAAAAUCGAUCAACAUGAUCAACAGGGAAAGCUAAAAGAAUUUAUAAAUUCAAAGGAUAAGGCAAUCGAUUUCGAUGUCGACGUAGCUAUUAAGGUAGUACGACAAGUGAAUGCGGACGACGCUCUAUCUUUGGCGGCGAACCACAAACGUCACGAUUGGUACCUCAAGAUCGUUCUAGAAGACAAAAAAGAAUACAAAAAAGCAUUAGAUUAUAUUGCAGAACUAGAGUUUGAAGACGCCGAUAUGUAUAUGAAGAAAUAUGGUCACAAAUUGAUACAACAUGAGCCCGAGGAGAGCACCAAGCUAUUGAAAUUACUUUGCACCGACUACAAACCUCGAAGCAAACCAUUGGUUGAUGAAAGUUCCUUAUCGGGUGGAUAUAGAGAACCUGUUAGGGCUCUUCCAGAUGAUUACAUCCAUAUGUUCCUGUGUAAUUCCGAGCGUCUAAUCGAGUUUCUUGAACAUAUGAUAUCAGCUACGGAUGCAAAGUGUUCCAGCCUCGUGUACAACGCGCUUAUUGAACAUUAUAUACACGUCUGGGCAAAACUACCUAAAGAAGAGAAGCCUCAAUACGAACAGAAAAUAUUUACGGUGCUAAAAGACCCUGAAGCUAACUACGAUAAAGAUCAGACUUUGAUUAUUUGUCAGAUGCUCGGAUUCAAAGCAGGAAUUUUGCACUUGUAUGAGGAGAAAAAAUUAUGGCGCGAAACUCUAGCAUUACAUUUACGGAGUGGCGCAGCGGAAUCGGCGUUGGAAGUGUGUAGACGACGUGGAGCCGCAUGUCCGCAGCUGUGGCGUGACAUGUUGCGUGCUUCUCCCCCUGCGGCUUGUCUACCCGAGCCGCUGCGAGUCGCCGCCACAGAGAAACUUCUAUCGCCUAUUCUAGUGAUUGACUGCCUUGCCAGCUCUCAGUCAUACACACUUGGAGAUGUACGCAAAUACCUCAUGGACGUUUUAAAAUCUGAGGAAGAAGUGAUAAACAGAGAACAAGAACUGGCAGCAAAAUACAAAAGUGAGACUGAGAAAAUGAAAGCGCACAUACAAGUGAUUCAAAAUGAGCCUAUCACUUUCCAAAGUUCGAGAUGCGCGGCGUGCAAUAGACCCUUGGAGUUGCCCACUGUUCAUUUCUUCUGUCAGCACUCUUUCCAUCAGCACUGCUUCCAAAGCUUCUCGGAGACGGAAUGCGAAUGCCCGGCGUGCUCGCAGCCGAAACAGCGCAACGAACCGCCACCACAAACUGCUGAAACGUUGCACUCGCGACUGCACAAGGAACACGACCCAUACGCAGUGGUAUCGGAGUACUUCGGGCGUGGUCUGUUCAACAAGCUAACAGUGGUGACGGGGAGCUCGCAGGACACUAUUGCGUCCGCUCCCGCCCCCGCUUCGGUUUCCGCUUCCGCGCCCGCCCCCACUCCAACGCAGCAGACGUACGGCCCGGGAGCCGAAGCUAAACUACGGCUACAAGAAGGACAGAGCAAGCAAGUAUUCGUUCCAAAUACAACAAAACAAAUGGCACCGAAAGGUACUGCCGUUAUCCCAGUGCCAGAAGGAAGAAUGCGUCUAAUGGAACAACAGCAGUACGCGUCUAGUCUGGAAGCCAAUAUGACCAAGCUAGAACCUAAAGUUCAUGCCAAGCCGUCGCCGUAUACAUCGCCGACGGCUGCUAGGAAAAAAAUUCAAGAACUUAGUGGUUCGCCCAAAAUAUCGUCAGCAAUAUCCACCGGAGCCAGCAAGAAUCCAUUUGAAGACGAAACCUACGACGAAACUAAAAAUCCAUUCUCAGAUGAAGAUGGAAGGAAAGAUCCCACGAACCCCUUCUCAGAAGACGAUGAAUAUGACAAGAAUUUAAAUCCCUUUACGUGA